AACAGUUGGAAUCCGGCCCUUGUGAAUUUGUUCAAAAAAAAAAAGAAAAAGGAAAUGCCAGCCGUUGGAUUGCCAUAUCCAUUGGGUGGACAUUGUUAGGCGAUGCAAACAAAAGUAAACCAUUUUGCCCUUUUAGAGGAAAAAAAAUAAGAGAGUUGAGCUCUCCUUUUUCAAAAAAACUCCAAUGGAGCUUAAGAUAGAUAUUUGGCUUAUUACCAAUAUUUCUGCAACAAUCUGGAAACCCCACAUAAACCCCGCUCACCCAACAAGCCUUACGCUCUAGAUCUGCCCCAUUCUCCCACAGAUGACCAUGAGAAGAGCCUCCACGCUUGCAACCUCCGUCCUCUCAAACACCCUCGCCAAUGCCCACGGCGGUGUUGGUGCAUCCACCGUCCACCACCGCCUCCUCCAAGUGGCGCUUUUCUGCAGUAGCAGUACGACCAAUUCUUACACCCAUCGCCGCUGGUUCUCUCCCUUUUUCAGCUCCUCUUCCAGUGGCUCUGCUCGAGGUGUCUGUCUUGGAUUGGCCGGCGCACUUGCCUCAGUCGCCACUGCCGCUUCGCUCUCUCAAUCCGUUUACGCCAAGGAGCCGCUGCCGUCCGAAGUCGUUCCGAAGGAUGUUAUUCUUUAUCAGUAUGAGGCUUGCCCCUUUUGUAAUAAAGUUAAAGCUUUCCUAGACUACUAUGACAUACCAUAUAGAGUUGUAGAAGUUAAUCCAAUUAGUAAGAAAGAGAUCAAGUGGUCUGAUUACAAAAAGGUGCCUAUACUGAUGGUUGAUGGCGAACAGCUGGUGGACUCCUCAGCUAUAAUUGAUCAAUUGUCUGUGAAGCUCCUCUCUGAGAAAUCCAUUAAUUCAGCUUCAGAUGAGGAUGAAGAAAAGAAGUGGCGUGGGUGGGUUGAUAAUCACUUAGUUCAUGUCUUGUCUCCAAACAUAUAUCGGAAUACUUCUGAGGCUCUUGAGUCCUUUGACUACAUCACGAAGCAAGGUAAUUUUAGCUUCUCUCAGAAAAUAACAGUAAAAUAUGCUGGAGCCGCUGCAAUGUACUUUGUGUCCAAGAAUCUGAAGAAGAAAUAUAACAUUACUGAUGAACGUGCUGCAUUGUAUGAAGCAGCGGAAACAUGGGUGAAUGCUCUAAAUGGUCGUGAGUUUCUUGGAGGAUCCAAGCCUAAUCUAGCUGAUCUUGCUGUGUAUGGGGUGCUAAGGCCCAUCCGCUACCUCACAUCUGGUAAAGAUAUGGUGGAAAACACCCGAAUUGGCGACUGGUACACCAGAAUGGAGAAACUGGUGGGAGAAUCAUCAAGGAUCAAGGUCUAGACUGCCUCAAUUGAACUAGCCACCGGAUUAUAACAUAAAGUAAAAGGAACCAGAGAAGGGAUUCACAAGAUAAAGUUUUGCUCCCAAAAAGAACUCAUCUGUUCUUGGAUGAUUAUAAUUUUUGUGGAUUUCAAUUCAGUAAUUGAGCAUAUUGAAAUCUAAUUCUUUUCCAAGCCAACAUUUAUAAACAAUUUCAAGAAUAAGGGCAUUUUAGGAUAUCAACUGGACUCUUGCCUUUGUUUGUGCCAUCAUUUCAUUCCUAGUUCUUUUCAACUUGGAGCAUUCUUUUUGUUUAUCCAAUGUAUCUAUUCAUGUGAAGCCCCUUAAUUUUGGGGUCAAGGAGGUGUUAUCACCUCUGUAUGAUGAUAGAAGCUUAUUGAACACACAAAUAAACUCAGUUUUCAAUA